AUGCUAAAACUAUUAAUCCCAACAGUUAUAUUAUUUCCAAUAAUUUGAAUAUUAAAGCCUAAAUGAUUAUGACCCAUGACCACCACCCAUAGCCUUUUAAUCGCUUCAUAUUCCCUAUCUCUCUUUAAAUACCACUCAACAGCUCAAUGAUCAAAUAUAAGCUUCACUAUAGCAACAGAUAUAAUUUCAACCCCUUUAAUUAUCCUAACAUGUUGAUUACUGCCCCUUAUAAUUCUUGCUAGCCAAAACCAUAUUACUACAGAACCAAUUAAUCGACAACGAACUUACAUCACAUUAUUAACCUCAUUACAGCUUCUCCUAAUUAUAGCCUUUAGUGCAACAGAAGUUAUUCUAUUUUAUAUUAUAUUUGAAGCUACCCUAAUUCCAACACUAAUUAUUAUUACACGUUGAGGUAAUCAAACAGAACGCCUUAAUGCCGGAACAUAUUUUCUAUUCUAUACACUUGCCGGCUCCCUACCAUUAUUAGUAGCUCUACUUUCUCUUUAUAAGUCAACCGGCUCUUUAUCAAUGAUCUCAAUAUUUAUAAAUAAUAAUAUUUCACCGGAUACAUGAACUAAUUCCCUUUUGUGAGCCGCCUGCUUAAUAGCAUUUUUAGUAAAAAUACCACUCUAUGGUGUACACUUAUGACUCCCAAAAGCACACGUAGAAGCCCCAAUCGCCGGGUCAAUAAUCCUUGCCGCAGUACUUCUUAAACUAGGGGGCUACGGUAUAAUUCGCAUAACCUUAAUUCUAGAACCAGCAACCAAAUCUCUUGCCUACCCAUUUAUUAUUCUCGCCAUUUGAGGCAUUAUUAUAACAGGAUCUAUUUGCAUGCGACAAUCAGACAUAAAAUCCCUAAUUGCCUAUUCAUCUGUAAGUCAUAUGGGAUUGGUAGCUUCUGGCAUUCUUAUCCAAACAGCAUGAGGCUUCACUGGAGCAAUUAUUUUAAUAAUUGCCCACGGCUUAACAUCCUCUGCCUUAUUCUGCCUUGCAAAUACCACUUACGAACGCACCAACUCCCGAACCCUGUUACUCGCCCGAGGAAUGCAAAUUAUUUUACCAUUAAUAGCUACAUGAUGAUUUAUUAUAAGCCUAAUAAACAUAGCUCUUCCGCCCUUACCUAAUCUAAUAGGAGAACUUAUUAUCAUGGUUUCCCUAUUUAACUGAUCAAGUUGAACAAUCCUGUUAACAGGAACUGGGACUUUAAUUACCGCUACUUACUCUUUAUACCUAUACUUAUCAUCACAACGAGGCCCAGCUCCAGAUAAUAUUUUACUUAUCGAACCUACACACACCCGAGAACACCUCCUUUUAAUCCUACAUAUCAUUCCUAUGGUUAUACUAAUAAUUAAACCAGAACUUAUUUGAGGCUGAUGCUGAUGUUAA